UUCGUGACAGACCGGGGUACAAGGCAAAAUCGAGAACUACUGCAGGGGAGUGGGGGAUACAGCCCCAGCCACUGGCUUUCACAAAAUUGUAUCAGAUCUUUCGCAUUUCGUUUCUGGAAAAAAGCAUCUGGAUGCGUCAUUCAGAUCUCCUUGGAAUCCGAUUUCUAUACAGUACUCCGAUGCGCAGUUUUUAUAUUUGAAAUUUUUUUAAUGUUCUUCGUGAUUGCCACAGAUUUGAAAACAGAUCAGUGAUGGAUUUCGGCGGAGCCCCCAGAUUUUUAACUCGACCCAAGGCGUUUACUGUCUCCGCCGGCAAAGAUGCGACCCUCACCUGUCAGAUUAUCGGCAACCCGGUGCCGCUGGUAUUGUGGGAAAAGGACAAGGCGCCGGUGAAAUCGGGAGGCCGCUUCAAGACGGUGAAGGACGGCGACAUGUACAAGCUGACCAUUUAUGACCUGUGCACGGGUGACAGCGGCCAGUACAUCUGCAGAGCCAACAACACGGUGGGCGAAGCGUACGCGGCGGUCACUCUGCGGGUCGGCGUCGAACAGGACGAGGCGCCGGGAGUGCAGUACGCUCCGUCCUUUCUGCUCAAGCCAUGCUCCGCUCGCGUGUACCUGGGCGACGACGCCAUAUUCUCCUGCAAGGUGGAGGGAAACCCGACGCCGUCCAUCCAAUGGGAAAGAGAUGGCGACAAACUGGGUGACGGCGGCAACAAUCGCUACUCGGUGGAGGCUAUCGUGGACGGCAGCACCCUGAAAAUCUCCUGCGUCAGGUAUUCCGACGGCGGCGCCUUGCUGUGUAGGGCCUUCAACCGUCUGGGCGAGAGCCAGGCAGUCGUCGCCUUAGUCGUCCUCUCCCCGACUGAAGCCAGCUCUCCUCAGUCGGCGUCGCUGGAGCCCGGCCACGCCAAGACCACACUGCUGUCUCACCUGCAGCAAAGACGGCAACAGAUGCGUGGCCACGACUUUCUUACUUCACGCCCGUCGACGGACGGUCCAUCGCCACCUGCUCCAUCCUCGGGCCGCCAGCUCUCGCGAGAUUACAAGAUGGCCGGAAGCUACGGUCGGCCGGGCUCGCUGCACGCGCCGCUCUCGGGCGCUGGCGGCACCGCGAGCGCGGCGGUUGGCUGGGCUCGCACGUGCACUGUGACCGAGGGCAAACACGCCAAACUGAGCUGUCAAGUGACGGGCAAACCCAGACCAGAGAUCCUGUGGAAGAAGGACGGCGAGGUCAUCUUCUCGGGCCGCCGGCACGUCCUCUUCGACGAUGAUGAGGACAAUUUCGUGCUGAGAAUUCUCUACUGCAAGCAGAGCGACAACGGGCGCUACACUUGCACUGCUUCCAAUUUGGCCGGGCAGACUUACAGUUCUGUGCUGGUCAUCGUCAAAGAACCAAGCGUACCCUUUAAGACCAAACUGAAAGAUGUCGAAGUUGUGGAGAAGGAAACAGCAACCCUCCAGUGUGAAGUUCCUAUUCCCGCUAUAGAGGCUAGUUGGUUCCUAGAGGAAACGGAGCUAGCCGAGAGCACCAAAUAUAAAAUAGAAGAGGAAGGCACUCUCAGAAAACUUACUAUCAAAAAUGCUACAACUGAUGAUGAUGCUGUCUAUAUUUGUGAAAUGAAAGAAGGCAGCAGGACAGUUGGAGAGUUGACAGUGAAGGGUAACAUUGUUAAGAAACUUCCAAGGAAAACUGCAGUACCAGAAAAUGACACUGCCAUUUUCUGUGUGGAGCUGAACAGUGGCUGUAAGACUAUCAGGUGGACAAAGAAUGGAAAAGAGUUAGAACCAAAUGAUAGAACAACCAUCGCAGUUUCUGGCAAGCGACACACUCUUACUAUUCGUGAAUGCAAAUGGGAGGAUGUUGGAGAAAUAGCUCUUUUGGCAGAUGAUUCCAGAACCUCAACUCAGUUUACCGUAACAUCUCCCCGGAAAGUUCCACCGCAUCCCCCAGUCAACCCUGUGGUGAGAGGUAAAACAGAAACAUCUGUCACUUUGGCUUGGUCUCUACCUCAAGACGUGCCACCUGCCCCUGUCACAGGGUACAUAAUAGAGAAAAGGAAAGUAGGAAGCAAUACCUGGACAAGAUGUCAUACUGCAGACAAGAUAGAGGCACAGGAGUUCACAGUCGAUGGCUUGCCAGAAGGAGCAAAUUAUCAGUUCAGAAUUAGUUCUGUAAACAACUUUACCCAAAGUACAUACUUAGAAGUCCCAGGAACAUUUUACAUUGAAUCUAGAGCUUUCAUUGAAAAACCUUUGCAAGAUGCUGAAGCUUUAGCAGCAUUGCCAGCAGUACCGGUGAGCUUCAGAAAUAAGUCAGCAGAGAAGGAAAUUGUUUCUGUGUCACAGAAUAGUACAGCUCAGUUUGUUGCAGAGGUUUCUGAUAGAGCUGCAAAAGUAACCUGGACGAAAGAUGGCAAGGAGAUCAAGUCAAGCAAGAAGUAUGUAUUUCAAAUUUUGGAUCACCGUCGCAUAUUGAAGGUCAAGAAUGUAACUUUAGAAGAUGCUGGGAUUUAUGAAUGUUUUUGUGAUGGGAAUAAAAUGUCAUUUCAUCUCACUGUUAAAGAGAUUUCUCACUUUUUUAAGAAAGAAAAAGUAGAACACAAUAUUACUACAGUGUUUGGAGAACAAGCAGAGUUGUUUAUCGAGACAUAUGACACCGAUACCAAAGUACAGUGGUACAAGGACGACAAAGAAGUUAAGCAAUCAAGAAAGUUUACAAUGGAAAGCCAGGGUAAACAACACAGGCUUUUCAUUUCAACUACAACAAAAGAGGAUGAAGGCACUUAUACAUGUAAAUGCGGAGAAGACACUGUGACCUGGAAUUUGACAAUUAUAGGUAUGGGUGUCAAGUUCAUAAACAAGCCAAAAUCUCCACCAGAAGUGAUAGCAGUAGCCUCAGAAAGUUUGGAACUGUCUUGUGAGGUAUCACCAGCUGAUGCUGUGGUCACAUGGAAAAAGGAUCAAAAAGAGGUUAAACAGGACCAGAGGAUAACCAUCAUCUCUCAGGGAACAGAACGCAAACUUGUCAUCAGAAAAGUGCAGCAAAGUGACCAAGGAAAUUACACCUGCAUGUCUAAUGAUGACAGCCUAACAUUCCAAAUUAAGAUCAAAGAACCAGCUGCAACUAUUGUGAAGAAAUCUACAACACAAACAGAGCAUACAGCCAGUGUGGGAGAGAAGGUAGCCCUUGUUUGUAAUGUGUCUCAGCCUACUGUUGAAGGGAAAUGGUACAAAAAAGGACAGGAAAUAAAGCUGAGCAAAGCAGUAAGUGUUGAAUCAGAAGGUACAACACGAAGAUUGGUUCUUCACAAUGUCAAAUCUGGAGAAUCUGGUGAAUAUGUAUUUAAAACCAAAGAGGAUGAAAUUGCAAUGAAUGUAAUUGUUAAAGAACCAGAAACUGGAUUUCUCAACAAAAAUUCAGUUCAGAAGGAAGUGAAAGUUCGACAAUCAGAAAAUGUUACUGUCAGCUGUGAAGUGUCACAACCCAAAACCAAGGUCCAGUGGUUCAGAAAUGGAAAACUCCUCAAUUCCAGUGGAAAGAUGAAACUUGAAUCUGAUGGUAAAAUUCGAAAGCUUACUGUUCAGAACGUGGAGUCAAAAGAUCACGGUGAAUACAUUUGUGAGGCAGCUGGAGAGAAACUGACCUUCGACAUUCAGGUUACAGAACUUGAACCAGAACCAGUGUUCACCAAUAAAGAAUCAGUUCAGAGAGAGGUAAAGGUUCGAACGUCGGAAACUGCUAUUCUCAGCUGUGAAGUAUCACAACUCAAAAUUGAGGUCAAAUGGUCCAAAAGUGGAAAAAUUCUCACUUCCAGUCAGGAAGUUAAACUUGAAUCUGAUGGUAGAAUACGAAGACUUAUUAUUCAGAAUGCAAAAUUAAAGGAUCGAGGCAAUUAUGUCUGCGAAGCAGCUGGAGAGAAAUUGACAUUCCUUGUUCAGGUUACAGAACCAGAAACUGGAUUUGUCAAUAAAGGUUUAGUUCAGAAGGAAGUGAAAGUUCGACGAUCAGAGAAUGCUAUACUCAGUUGUGAAGUGUCACAGUCCAAAAUGGACGUCAAAUGGUUUAGAGAUGGAAAACUACUCGCUACCAGUAAAAAGAUUAAUCUUGAAUCCAGUGGUAAUCUUCGAAAACUUAUCAUUCAGAAUGUGGAAUCAAAAGAUUUAGGUGAAUAUGUUUGUGAAGCAGCAGGAGAGAGAUUGACCUUCAAUAUUCAGCUUUCAGAACCAGAACCAGUAUUUGCCAAUAAAGAAGCUGUUCGGAAGGAGGUAAAUGUUCGCGUAUCGGAGAACGCUGUUCUCAGCUGUGAAGUAUCGCAGCUCAAAACUGAAGUCAAAUGGUCCAAAAGCGGAAAAUCUCUCAGUUCCAGUCAGAAACUUAAACUUGAAUCUGAUGGUAGAAUACGAAGACUCAUCAUUCAGAAAGCAGAGUUAAAGGAUGGAGGCAGUUAUGUAUGUGAAGCAGCUGGAGAGAAGUUGACUUUUGAUGUUGACGUUACAGAAUUGGAAUCAGGAUUUGCCAAUAAAGAUGUGGUUGAGAAAGUUGUGAAAGUUCAACAAUCAGAGAAUGCAAGUCUCAGCUGUGAAGUGCAACAUUCCAAAACUGAAGUCAGAUGGUUCAGAGAUGGAAAACUGCUCAGUUGGAGUAAAAAAUGGAAACUUGAAUCCCACGGCAAAAUCCGAAAGCUUAUCAUUCAGGACGUGGAGCGAAAAGAUGGAGGUGAAUAUGUAUGUGAAGCAGCCAAAGAAAAAUUGAUCUUCACCAUUCAGGUUACAGAAUUACCCAUCUUGUUUACAAAGAAGCUUGAAAAUGUAAAUGCGCUGUGCAGUAAUACAGUUGAGCUUACAUGUGAAUUAAAUCAAGCAAAGGGUGAUGUCUUAUGGCGGCGAAAUGGAACAGAAAUCAAACCAAGCCGUAGGCUAAAAAUACGAGUGGAUGGACAGAAACGAAGCUUGACCAUCUCUGAAGUAACUGCUGAGGAUGAGGGAGAAUAUCAAUGUGAAUCAAAGGACGAUGUUACAACUGCUAAAUUAACUACUAUGGUUCCAAAGAUUAUUAAGUUUGAAAGUGAGCUUCACAGUGUAGUGGCUGUGGAAGGAGAGGAUGCCACGUUUAAAUGCAGUGUCUCUCAUGAAGAUGUUGCAGUCACUUGGUAUAAGAAUGGAGUCAAAAUUGAACCAAAUGAGAAAUAUAUCGUAUCUUGUGAAAGAACCAAUCAUAGUUUGACCAUUAGAGACCUGAAACUAAUGGAUGCGUGUGAAGUUUCUGCACAAGUUGAAGAUAUGAAAAUAACUGCAAACCUUCAAGUUCAAGAAGCUCCAGCAUUAUUUAAAAAGAAAUUGGAGAACAUGACUGUCCAAGAAAAAGAUACAGCCAUUUUUGAAAUUGAACUCUCAAAACCUUGUGGUGAAGUUAAAUGGACAAAAAAUAACAUCAUCAUUCAAAGUGAUGGAAAAAUAAAUAUUAAGGUGGAUGGAACCAAGCAGUCUCUUACCAUUAUAAACGUGAGCUUUGCGGACCGUGGGAAUUACUCAUGUGAAACACUUCAUGAAAAGACGAAAGCAAAAUUAAAUGUUGAAAUGAGGAAAGUUAAACUGAUCAAAGGAUUGGAGGAAGUCAAGGUGCAUGAGAAGGAGACUUGCACUUUUGAAGUUGAGUUGUCACAUGAAGAUGUGGAAACGACCUGGCUGAAGGAUAGUAUCAGAAUGAAACCAGGAGCGAAUUGUAGAAUUACCACACUGGGCAAGAAGCAUGCAUUAACUUUAUCCAAUUUGAAGAUUGAGGAUUCAGGGCUGAUUAGUUUCAAAGCUGAAGACAUUCGUACAUCUGGAAGACUCAUUGUAACAGAGCCACCAGUGACCUUUGUCAAAUCUUUAGAAGAUAUUAAAGUGCCGGAGAAAGAUAAAGUUGUUUUUGAAUGUGAACUCUCAAGAGCCAAUGCAGAAGUUAAAUGGUUUAAGGAUUAUGUAGAGAUUAAGCCAGGGAAAGGAUAUAGCAUUAUAUCGAAAGGACGGCAAAGGAGCCUUAUCAUUCACCAUUGUGGAAAUGAACACCAAGCACAAUACACAUGUGAUGCAGUGGAUUGCAAGUCGACAGCUAUGCUUACGGUCCAUGCUCGUGACAUCAAAAUAAUCAGGCCAUUGGAAGAUCUCGAAGUUUUUGAACAGGAGAGUGCUGCCUUCUUAUGUGAAAUUUCACAUGAUGAAGUUGAUUUUCAGUGGUUUAAGAAUGGCAUAAUAAUCAGGGCUGGUGACAAUAUAAAAAUUCGUCAGGAAGGAAGGGCCCAUAUUCUGCUGUUUAAAUCUGUAAAAACUGUAGAUGCUGCUGAGAUCAAGUUUGUUGCUGAAAGUGCGACUUCCAUAGCUUUUCUAAAGGUUAAAGAAUUGCCAGUUAAAAUUGUGAAACCCUUAAAAGAGAAGAUUGGCAUUGAAAAACAUCGUGUUAUUUUUGAAUGCAAGGUUUCCAGGCCAAAUGCUGCUGUUAAGUGGUAUCACAAAGGCAAAGGGAUUCAACCUAGUAAAAGAUAUGAGAUUGUGAGUGAAGAUGUGUACAGAAAGCUCAUAAUUAAUAACGUGGCUUUUGAAGAUGAAGGCUGUUACAUAUGUGAUGCCAUUGAUGACAAAACCACAGCAAUGUUAUAUGUUGAAGAGCAAUCAAUUGCCAUUGUUAAGCAGCUAUGUGAUGUGGAAGUCACAGAGCCAAACGAUGCAAGUUUUCAGUGUGAGCUUUCAAUUGCUGAUGUAAAGCCUCCAAAAUGGAUACUAAAUGGUGAACUUCUUCAUGCUUCUGAAGAUGUGGAGAUUGAGCAUUCUGGCACUAGCCAUCGUCUGACUCUGAAAAGAACAAGUUGUAAGAUGACUGGCUUGCUGCAGUUCAUUGCAGGGAAAUCAAAAUCUGAGGCGAGGCUGACAAUUAAAGAGCCUCCAACAGAGGUAGUUAGAGAAUUACAGAAUAUUACAGUGGAAGAGAGGUUAUCUGCUACUUUGAGCUGUGAGUUUACACCUACUCCCAAGAUGGUCAGAUGGUACAAAGACCAGAGCUUAAUCAAGUCAUCUGACCGAUACAACUUCAGUCAAAACAAGAACAUGACAGAACUCACCAUUUCAAGCCUCAGACUCGAAGAUUCUGGUGAAUAUAGCUGCAAAUCAAGUAAUGCACAGACCACAGCUUCACUCAUAGUUGAAGCUUUGAAAAUAGAAAUCAUAAAACAUUUGGAAGACAUAGAUACUGAGGAAGACAGCAAUCUAGUUUAUUCAUGUGAGUUGUCUCAUGAUGUUGAAGAAGUUCAGUGGUAUCUAAAUGAUACUCCCUUAUACUCAAAUGAUUUCAAUGAGAUAAAGAAAAAAGGAAAGAGACACACGUUAAUUCUGAAAGGCGUAACACCUGAUGAUACAGGAACAGUUAUGUUCAAAGUGAGAGAUCUGACAGAUAAAGCACAGCUGAAUGUUCGAGAAAAGCCGAUAGUCUUCAUGAAAUCCUUGGAUGAUAUUGUUGGAGAAGAAAGAGGAAUGAUCACUUUGGAAUGUGAAGUAUCGAAGCCCAAAGUGAAUCCUAUUUGGAAAAAGGAUGAUGUGAUUCUUGGUUCAAGUGACAAAUAUGAACUACUGCAUGCUGGAAAAACACUUUGUCUUAUAGUACAUGACCUGAAUAAAAGUGAUGCUGGAUUGUAUACUUGUGACAUAGGCACUGACAGAGCAAGUGCUAAAGUUGCCAUCCAAGAUUUGAACAUUGGAAUCACAAAACGACUAAAGAGCCUAGAGAUUAGAGAAGGUGAAAAUGGAUCUUUUGAAUGCAUACUUUCUCAUGAAAGCAUUGAUGAAUAUUACUGGACAGUAAAUGGACUGUUAGUGGAAGGGAAUGAAAGAUUUCAGACAUUUAAUAUUGGCCGAAAAUACAUCCUCAAUAUUAAAGAGACAGCUCUUUCAGAUGCUGGGGAAGUAAUUUUCCACGUGCGAAAUCUUAGUUCGAAAGCCUCAUUGAUAGUGAAAGAAAAACCAACCGAAAUUACAAAGCAGCUCAAGAACUUGGUGGUGACAGUAGGUGAAGAGAUUGUAUUGAGCUGUGAAACCUCUAAGCCUGAUGCUUCUGUGAAGUGGUUUAAGGAUGGCAAAAGGAUACGAAAGAGUCAUACAUAUGAAAUAUCUCAGCAAGGAACUGUAAACAAAUUGAUAAUUCGUCAAAUCACUAUGAAUGACUCGGGAGAGUAUACAUGUGAAAUAGAGACUUCUAAAACCAGAGCUACUAUCACUGUAAAUGAGAUGGUAAACCGAUUUACCAAAGAAUUACAUGACAUAAAAACUGAAGAAAAAGGAACUGCUGUUUUUGAAUGUGAAACUGAACAGCCAGCGCGAAAGGUUGUCUGGAGAAAGGGAAUGGUAGAAAUCAAACCAAACAAGAAAUAUGAAAUGAACCAGGAUGGAAAUUUAUUAAGCCUUAAAAUUAAUCAUCUCGAGAAGAUCGACUGUGACCGCUACACUUGUGACAUUGUACAUCACCAAUCAAGAGCUCAGUUGACAGUUACAGGUCAAAAAAUUCAAAUAAUUGAAGACCUUGAAGAUGUUGAAGUCCUUGAAGGUGAAUCAGCAACAUUUAAGUGCAAAAUAUCACCAAAGGAUUAUUACAACAUUCAGUGGUUCCUGGAUAAAACACCUCUACACAGCAAUGAUGUGAAUGAAAUUCAGACACAAGAGGAUGGCUAUCACAUUUUAACAGUUAAAAAACUUUCUGUGAAAGAUUCUGGUUAUAUAACUUUUGAAGCUGGAGAUCAGAAAACCUCUGCUGCACUAAAUGUGAAAGCCUUGCCUACGACCUUCAAGCAAAAGCUUAAGGAUGAAGAAGCACAAGAGGGUGAUACCGCCAUCCUGCAUUGUGAAAUUAGCAAACCAGAUACAGCAGUGCAGUGGACAAAAGAAUCAAUUCUACUUCAGUCCAGUGCCAAAUAUGAAAUGAAACAAAAAGGAUCCAUCGUUGAAUUGGUUAUUCACAAACUUAAACCAGACGAUAGUGGAAGAUACUCUUGUGAAGUUGGAGACCAGACAACCAGUGCUUCCUUGAAAGUUAAUGCCCUUCCGGUACUUUUCAAACAAGCUCUUCAGAACAAGGAAGCUGAUGAAGGUAGCACCACUACAUUACGGUGUGAGCUUACUAAGCCUGAUGCUCCUGUAGAGUGGAGAAAGGGGAUUAUGGUGCUUCAUCCCAGUGAUAAGUAUGAAAUAAAGCAAGUGGGUUCUAUUGCUGAACUGUCAAUCUGCAAUCUGAAACAAGAAGAUGCUGGAGAAUAUAUGUGUGAUUCAGGUGAUCAACAGACCACAGCUUUGCUUAAAGUGAAAGUUCUUCCAGUACUUUUCAAGAAAAAGCUUCAGAAUAAAGAACAUAAAGAAGGGAGUGUCGCCACAUUGCAGUGCGAGCUGACAAAACCUGAUGCCCCUGUAAAAUGGAAAAAGGGAUCCACGCUGCUUGAUGCUAAAGAUAGAUACAAAAUGAAGCAAAAGGGUAUUAACGUUGAGCUGAUUAUUCAUGACUUAAAACUUGAAGAUGCUGGAGAAUACACCUGUGACUCUGGGGAUGAACAGACAACUGCUUUGUUAAAAGUAAAAGCCCUGCCUGUGCACUUCAAAAAAGAGCUUCAGGAUAUGGAAGCUGAGGAGGGAGAUACUGCCUCACUUCGCUGUGAACUCUCUAAGGCAGAUGCUUCAGUGAAGUGGAGAAAAGGAUCUAUUUUACUUCAUCCAAGUGACAAACAUGAAAUGAAGCAAGAUGGUUCCACUGUGGAAUUGCUUAUUCAUAAUUUAAUGCUAGAUGACUCAGGAGAAUAUACUUGUGAUUCUGGUGACAAGAAGACAAAGAGCUGCUUAAAAGUGAAGGCCUUGCCUGUACUCUUCAAACAAGGGCUUCAGAGUAAAGAAGCCGAAGAAGGCAGUUCGGUGUCUUUGUGUUGUGAGGUCACUAAACAUGAUGCUCUUGUCCAAUGGAAAAAAGAAUCUUCAGUACUUCAUUCAAGUAACAAGCAUGAAAUGAAACAAAAAGGUUCCAUGAUUGAGUUGAUUAUUCACAACUUAAAACCAGAAGAUGCUGGAGAAUAUAUCUGUGAUUCAGGGUUUCAACAAACCUCAGCCACCAUAAAAGUAAAGGCCUUGCCUGUACUUUUCAAAAAAAAAUUUCAUGAUCAAGAAAUUGAAGAAGAUGGUUCUGCCAGUUUGAAAUGUGAGGUCACUAAGCCUGAUGCAGCAGUGAAAUGGAGAAAGGGAUCAAUAUUGCUUCAGCCAAGUAACAAGCAUGAAAUGAAACAAAAAGAAUGCUACGUUGAAUUACUCAUUCACAAUAUAAAAUUAGAAGAUGCUGGAGAAUAUACCUGUGAUUCUGGAGAUCAACAAAUUACUGCCUCUUUAAAAGUGAAAGCCCUUCCUGUACUUUUCAAACAAGAACUUGAGAACCUGGAGGCUGAAGAAAAUAGUACUGCCGUUCUCAGCUGUGUCAUUACAAAACCAGAUGCCCCUGUGAAAUGGAGGAAAGAAUCUGUGGUACUUCAUCCCAGCGAGAAGCAUGAAAUGAAACAAAAAGGUUCCUAUGUUGAGUUACUUAUUCGCAGCCUAAGUGUUCAGGACGCUGGAAACUACAUAUGCGAUACAGGGGAUCAACAGACAAUGGCAAAUCUAAAAGUAAAGGCCCUUCCUGUGAAUUUCAAACAAGAGCUACAGAGCCUGGAAGCUGAAGAAGAUAGUACUGCUAUUCUGAACUGUGAGAUUUCAAAACCUGACGUCCCAGUGGAAUGGAGAAAAGAAUCAGUGGUACUUCAGCCCAGUAAGAAGCAUGAAAUGAAGCAAAAGGGUUGCUAUGUUGAAUUACUUAUUCAUAGCGUAAAUGCUCAAGAUGCUGGAAAGUAUACAUGCGAUACAGGAGAUCAACAGACAGUUGCAUUCCUAAAAGUAAAGGCUCUUCCUGUACUUUUUAAACAAGAACUUCAGAAUCAGGAAGCUGAAGAAGAUAGUACUGCCAUUCUGAACUGUGAGAUUACAAAACCGAAUGCCCCGGUGGAAUGGAGAAAAGGAUCUGUGCUACUUCAUCCCAGUGAGAAGCAUGAAAUGAAGCAAAACGGUUCCUGUGUUGAGUUACUUAUUCAUAACUUAAAAGCUGAAGAUGCUGGACGAUAUAUAUGUGAUACAGGGGAUCAACAGACAAUGGCGAUUCUAAAAGUAAAGGCUCUUCCUGUGCUUUUCAAACGAGAGCUUCAGAAUAAAGAAGCUGAAGAGGGCUGUAUGGCCAUUCUGCAUUGUGAGAUUUCGAAAUCGGAUGCUCCAGUAGAAUGGAGGAAAGGAUCUGUGGUACUUUACCCCAGUGAGAAGCAUGAAAUGAAGCAAAUGGGUUCAUGUGUUGAAUUGCUUAUUCAUAACCUAAAAGUUGAAGAUGCUGGAAAGUACACAUGUGAUUCAGGAGAUCAAAAGACAACUGCAUCUUUAAAUGUGAAGGUUCCACCUGUGCUUUUCAAAGAAGAACUUAAGAAUGUGAAUGCUGAAGAGAAUAGUACAGCUACUCUUCAUUGUCUGAUUAGUAAACCCGAUGCUCCAGUGAAUUGGAAAAAGGGAUCUCUGCUACUUCACCCAAAUGAAAAGUAUGAAAUGAACCAAAAAGGUCCGUAUGUUGAGUUACUGAUUCACAGCCUAAAAGUGGAAGAUGCUGGAGAAUAUACUUGUGAUACAGGGGAUCAGCAGACCACAGCGUGCUUAAAAGUGAAGGCUGCUCCUAUAAUUUUCAAACAAGAGCUUCAGAAUGAAGAAGCUGAAGAGGGAUGUACUGCCGUACUACACUGUGAGGUUACUAAACCUAAUGCUUCAGUGAAAUGGAGGAAAGGAUUCAUGAUAAUUCAUCAAAGUGAGAAGUAUGAAUUAAGACAAACAGGUUCUUGCCUUGAGUUACUUAUUCAUAAUCUAAAGCUGGAAGAUUCUGGUGAAUAUACCUGUGAUUCUGGGGAUCAACUGACCACAGCCUCCUUAACAGUGAAUGUGCGGCCUGCAUUUUUUAAACAAGAGCUUCGGAAUGAAGAAGCUGAAGAGGGUGGCACUGCCACUUUACGCUGUGAGAUUACGAAAUGUGAUGACCCAGUAAAAUGGAGAAAGGGAUCAUUGGUUUUACAUGAAAGUGACAAGUAUGAAAUGAAACAAGAAGGUUCCAUCUGUGAUUUGCUCAUUCACAGUCUAAAACCGGAAGAUGAUGGAGACUAUACAUGUUAUUCUGGAGAUCAACAGACCACCGCCUCUUUAAAAGUAAAGGCAAUGCCUGUACUUUUCAAACAAGGACUUCAGAAUGUUGAGGCGGAAGAGGAUAGUACCGCUACCCUACACUGUGAAAUUAAUAAACCUAAUGCCUCAGUGAAAUGGAGGAAAGAAUCAGUAGUACUUCACCCCAGUGAAAAGUACAAACUGAAGCAAGAAGGUUCAAGUGUCGAGCUGCUUAUUCACAAACUGAAGCUAGAAGAUGCUGGUGAAUAUACCUGUGACUCUGGAGAUCAUCAGACCACUGCAUCAUUAAUAGUAAAGGCUCUGCCUGUGGUUUUCACGCAAGAACUUAAAAACACAGAAGCUGAUGAGGGUGAUAUGGCCACUUUGUUCUGUGAGAUUACCAAACCUGAUGCUCCAGUGGAAUGGACGAAAGGCAUUGUGGCACUUCAGUCAGGUGAUAAGUAUAAAAUGAAGCAUGAAGGUUGCUGCGUUCAAUUGUCUAUAUACAAUCUAAAGCCAGAAGAUCAAGGAGAAUAUACCUGUGAUUCAGGGGAUCAGAAGACUACUGCAUUUCUAAAAGUGAAUGUCUUGCCAGCGCUUUUCAAGCAAGAGCUUCAGAAUGUGGAGGCUGAAGAAGGUGGCACAGCUAAAUUUCACUGUGAACUUACUAAACCUGAUGCUACAUUAGAAUGGCGAAAAGGAUCUGUGGUGCUCUUGCCAUGUGAAAAAUAUGAAAUGAAGAACUGGGGCCCCAUUGUGGAAUUGUUCAUCCAUCAUGUGGAAUCAGAAGAUGCUGGUGUAUACACUUGUGAUUCAGGCGAUAGACAAACUACUGCUUCUCUAAAUGUGAAAGCCUUACCUGUACUGUUCAGACAAGAGAUGCAAAAUGAAGAAGCAGAAGAAGGUGAUGUUGUCACACUGCAUUGCGAACUUACUAAGCCUGGUGUUCCAGUAGAAUGGAGAAAGGGAUCCCUAACACUACAUCCUAGCAACAAAUAUGAAAUGAAGCAGGAUAGUGCCUUUGUUCAAUUAUUAAUUCACAAUGUGAAUGUGGAAGACAGUGGUGAAUAUACCUGUGAUUCUGGGGACCAGCAGACUAAUGGCUUCUUGAAAGUUAAUGCUGCACCUAUAACCUUGCAAAAAGAACUGCAGAACAUGGAAGUGAAGGAAUGUGACACAGGCACCUUAUGCUGUGAACUAUCAAAAUCUAAUGUGCCGGUUACCUGGAGGAAAGGAACAUUGUUGAUCUCUCCAAAUGAGAAGUAUGAAAUGAAACAAGAUGGUCCUCUACAAAUUUUACAGAUUCAUGACAUGAAAUCAGGAGAUGGAGGAGAAUACUCUUGUUCAUUUGAGGAUCAGCAAACUACAGCCAACAUAACUGUGAAAGUUCUGCCUGCACUUUUCAAGCGAUGGCUUCAGAAUGUGGAAAUGGAAGAAGGCCACACAGCCAUAUUGCACUGUGAACUUACAAAAUCUGAUGCCUCAGUAGAAUGGAGAAAGGGAUCUGUGGUGCUUCAACCAAAUGACAAAUAUGAAAUGAAACAUGAAGGUCUCAUUGUUGAGUUGUUAAUUCAUAAUCUAAAGAUAGAGGAUGCUGGAGAAUAUACAUGUGAUUCUGGUGAUCAACAGACCACUGCUGCUGUAACUGUGACAGAGCCAGAUAUAACAAUUGUUGAUGGUUUGAAAAACGUGGAAGUAGUCGAAGGUGGGGAUGCUUUGUUUGAAUGUAAAGUCUCUCGUGAGAACGCACAAGAUGUUCAGUGGGUUCUGGGAGGAAUUGAACUGCAGAAUAAUGAAAUGAAUGAAAUUUCUAUUAAGAAUGAUAAUUUUCACACACUGAUGUUGAGGCAAGUCACACAGGAUGACUCUGGAACUGUGACCUUCAAAGUUGGAAAGUACUCAUCUUCAGCACAGCUUACUGUUAAAGCUAUUCCAGCAACUUUCAUUCAAUUGCUGCAAAACAUGGAAGCGGAAGAGAUCGGAACAGUAACUUUAACGUGUGUGCUCUCACAAGCCAAUAUUCCAGUUGUAUGGAAGAAAGGCUUUACAACAAUUUCUCAAAGUGAGAAAUAUAAAAUCAAACAGGAAGGUUGUGUACAUAUGUUAUGUAUAUAUGACCUAAAAUCUGAGGAUUCGGGAGAAUAUACCUGUGUUUCCGGGGAUCAGCAGACCACAGCUUCCUUGACAGUAAAAGUAUCAGAAGUAAAAAUUGUCGAAUGCCUAAAGGAUGUAACAGUUUUGGCUAAUGAAACUGCCGUGUUUGAGUGCAAAGUACAUCCUGAAAAUUUCGCUGAUGUGCAGUGGUGGCUGGGUGAUGUUCCUUUACAGCACAAUGAAAUGAAUGAAAUAUCGGUUGAACAAGGAACAAUUCACAGUCUGAAAUUAAAGAAUGUCACUGAUGAAGACUGUGGUACUGUAACCAUUAAAGUUGGAAAACAUACAUCAUCUGCAAAGCUUUUAGUAAAAGGUGCUCCGCCUAUUUUCACACAAGAGCUUGUGAACAUAGAAGCAGUGGAAAAUAGCACGACAACCCUACUUUGUAAACUGUCACAGCCCAAUGUUCCAGUCACAUGGAAGAUGGGCUCACAUGCGAUUUCCCCAAAUGUGAAGUAUGAAAUCAAACAAGAAGAUUACGUGCACAUGCUACUGAUUCAUAACCUGAACCUAGAGGACUCUGGGGACUAUACAUGUGAUUCAGGCCUGAGACAGAGCACUGCAAUAUUGCAGGUGAAAGCUGCACCUGUGUAUUUUAUAAAGAAACUACAAAGCCAGGAAGCUGAUGAAGGUAGUAUGAUAACACUUCACUGUGAACUUACUAAGGCUGAUGCACCAGUGAUAUGGAGAAAAGAAUCCAAAAAACUUGAUCAUGGUGACAAGUAUGAUCUGAUUCAAAAGGGCUGUGUUGUUGAAUUGUUGAUCCACAAUCUGAAGAAAGAGGAUGAUGGAGUAUACAUUUGUGAUUCUGGUGAUGACCAAACAACAGCUACCCUGACUGUCAAAGAACAUGUAAAAAUUAUUCGUGGACUUGAAGACGCUAGUGUAUUUUCACAAAACUCUGUGAAAUUUCUAUGUGAAGUGUCUCAUGAAGAUGCUGCAAAUGCUGAGUGGUGGCUGAAUGGAACACUAGUUCAAAAUAAUGAAUUCAAUGAAGUUAAAGCUACAAAUAAGAUACAUACCUUGACACUGAAAAACCUCACACCACAUGAUUCAGGAACUGUUAUAUUCAAAAUCGGCUGUGAAAGUUCAACAGCUAAGUUGGUGGUGCAAGAAAAACCUAAAGUUCUUUUCAAACAAAACCUCCAGGACGUAAAAGCAAAGGAAGAGGGUAGAGCAAUUCUUCAUUGUGAACUUUCUGAAGAUGAAGUGGCAGUAACAUGGAAGAAAGGCUCAGAACCAAUUAAAUCUGGUAACAAAUAUGAAGUGAGGCAAAAUGGUCCUGUGGCUGAGUUGGUAAUUUCUGACUUAACACUAGAGGAUGCUGGAGAAUAUACCUGCGAAUCUGGAGAUCAACAAACCACAGCUUCCCUAAAAGUGGAGGCUGUACCUGCCUAUUUCAAAAAAGAGCUUCAGGACGAGGAAACUGUGGAAGGUCACACAGUCACACUGCGCUGUGAACUUUCUAAGCCUGAUGUUCCUGUGGAAUGGAGAAAGAGACUUGCAGUGCUUCAACCAAGUGACAAGUACAAAAUGAAGCAAAAUGGUGCCAUAGUAGAGUUGCUUAUCCACAAUGUGAAACGAGGAGAUGCUGGCAAAUAUACUUGUUAUUGUGGAAAUCUACAAACAACAGCUUCCUUAACUGUUAGAGAAUGUGACAUAAAAAUAGUUUCUGGUUUAAAGAAUACCGAUGUCUUUGCUGGUGAGUCAGCCACAUUUAGUUGUGAACUUUCGCACAAGGAUGUGGAAAAUGUGCAAUGGUGGUUGGAUGGUUCACCCUUACAGAAUAAUGAUCUGAACGAGAUAUCUGUUCAAGAUGGAAGUAUCCAUACAUUAACAUUACAGAGCCUGGGAACUGAUGACUCCGGAACAGUGACAUUUAAAGCUGGAUCACUUAUUUCUUCAGCAAAAUUAUUAGUCAAAGCAAAGCAACCUGAUAUUCUACAAGGGCUGGAAAAUGUAGAUACAUCAGAGGGCGGUGAAGCUUUGUUUGAAUGCCACUUGUCCAGACCAGAAUUACAUGAUUACAAGUGGCUAAUGGAUGACAUUGCCGUUUCACAGUCUGAAAAUGUAGAAAAAGCAAUCCUUGAGGCUGGGAAACGACACCUGUUGCUUUUGAAGAAUUUAACCCCCUCAGACAGCUGCCGUGUGACCUUCGUAUGUGGAAAUGCCAUGUCAUCAGCCUACCUGACUGUUAAAGGAUGGCACAUUAACAUUUUGAAGACUUUAAGCAAUACUGAAGUGGUUCAAAGCAAUGAUGCUGAAUUUGAAUGUAUAUUGAGUGAAGUGGUCCCUGCUACUGAAGUGACCUGGUAUCUGAAUGAAACUGAUAUCCAAUCCGAUGAACAUUGGGAACUAAAGGCAGACGGGAACACACACAAACUUACUGUAAAAAAUGCCCAAUUAAAUCAUUCUGGAGAAAUAACUUUUGCUUCAAGAGAUGCCAUUACAUCAGCAAAGUUAACUGUUAUUGGCCUUCCUGACCCUCCUGAAGAUCCAGAGGUCGUUAGAAAAAACCAUCAGUCUGUCACCUUGUCUUGGUUCACGCCAUUGAGCGAUGGUGGUGGUGCUAUACUAGGCUACUUUGUUGAAAUGAAACCUACUGACAGCGACAGUUGGUUGCCGUGUAACACAAAAGUGAUUGAUGAGAUGGAGUUCACUGUUGAUAACCUAAAACCAGGCACUGGUUACAGAUUCCGUGUUUCAGCUCUGAACAGGGCUGGCGCCGGAGAACCCGUUCAUUUACCACAGACGGUUCUGCUGGAGGUUCCCGUGACUGUCACCAUUCCACUCUCUAAUAUUACUAUACAUAAUGGGGAGUCUGGCAAACUGGAAUGUGAAUUUUCAGCUGAAUGUAUGAAUGUUAAGUGGCUAAAGAACGAUCAGCAAAUUGUGUCAAGCAGCAAGUACGAGAUCAUUUGUGACAGAAAGAAACACUGCUUGAUUAUUCACAAUUGCAGUGUUGAAGAUGAAGGGAAGUACAUCUGCAUGCUGUCAUCAGAUAUUAAAACAUCUGCUGAAGUCUGUAUGGAUGUUGUGAUACAACCCAUCGCACCCCAAGAUUUGGAAAUUCCGCAGGAGCCAGAUAAAGUUGGGGUGGAACUAGUAGAUGGGGAAGAGGUUCCUCCAAAACCAAGCUUGCCACCUGAGGCAGCACAGGAAGGUGACUUACAUCUUUUGUGGGAAGCUCUAGCUAAGAAACGUAGAAUGAGUCGAGAGCCAACACUUGAUUCCAUCAGUGAAGUACCAGAAGAAGACGACAAAGCUCAGAAGCACCGGCUACAAAAAGCUAUGGAAUUGGGAGAUUUAUCUACAGAUGAAAUGUCCAGGACAUGUGAUUCUUACACAAGUUCCGAUGAUGAGUCAAGAUCUGGUACUCCAUCCCUAGUUCAUUAUCUGAAAAAGGCAGGAAAGUCAACUGUAACUGUAGCUGGGCAAGUGCAAACUAUAUCCACAAAUAAGUUUUGGAAACACUGGGAGACUUCACACAUUGAACCUGACCAAUUGCAAGAUACGAAAGAAGACCCAUCUCUCAUUGAAGCUGCUACAAAAAUCCAGGCUGCAUUUAAAGGUUAUAAAACCAGGAAGGAACUUAAACAGCAAGCCGCACCUGUAUUUUUUGAAGUUUUUAAAUGUCAGAUAAGUAAGUUUGGGCAAACUGUCCAUCUUGAGUGUGUAGCCCAGAGUAAAUCUGAAAUCAAGGUACGUUGGCUCAAAGAUGGAGCAGAAAUUGUUGAUGGAAGGCAUUAUCACAUUGAUAAUUACAGCGAUGGAACUUGCUCUUUAAUUAUAACAGGCGUGGAACAAAAAGACACUGGAGAAUAUACUUGUGAGGUGUCUAACAAGUUUGGUGCAACUUCUCAUAGUGGAAAAGUUACAAUUGCGAGUGAUACAAAAGAAACAGUUAAGAAGGUCAAACAGGGCAUUGGUAUGAAGUAUGGCACUGACAGUGAGCCAGAAAGUUCUUCAGGAAGUGAGGUUGAUGAUGCUUUCCGUAGAGCAGGCAAACGACUCCAUAGACUUCUGCAUUCAAAACUGUCUUUUGAAAUUUCUGAUGUGGAAGAAGAGUUUUUCUUUAGUGCGGAUGAGGGCGAUGAAGAUAUUUUGGACAAACAGACUUACCAUGAAGAUGAAAAUUACAUUUAUAUAAAAUUUGAUUCAUUGACUGAGGCUGAAAUGGCAGCAACCAGAUUUAGAGAAAUAUUUAUUGGUCAAGGAAUUCCUGUUCACAUUGAUAUCUGUGAGGAAGGAAACAGAGUUGAGAUUCGGAUUAAGAAGGUAUCUCGGCUGGCUGCAGCAUCUAUUGACGAUCAGACCAAUAUAGAAGAGGGGGUACAUACUAUUCUUGUUGAGUCUGCACCCCACGUUGUGUCUGAACUUCAGAACCAGGAUGUUCAAGAAGGCUACCCUGUCAGUUUUGAUUGUAUGGUAGCUGGAUAUCCACCUCCAACAGUUCGAUGGUUUAAAGAUGGAAAGCUGAUUGAGGAGAAUGAUCACUACAUGAUUAAUGAAGAUCAAGAUGGAUGUCAUCAACUUAUUUUAACAUCAGUGAAUCUGACUGAUAUGGGAGUUUAUAGAUGUGUGGCAGAAAAUUACAUUGGCGUUGCUUCAACAAAGGCAGAGUUAAGGGUUGAUGUCAGCAGCUCUGACUAUGAUACAGCAGAAGCCACUGAAACAUCAUCUUAUGUCAGUGCCCAAGCUUCUCUAACCCGAGAGCAGAAUUUGGAAGGUAUAGAAUCACAGGCUGAAGAAGAACAACUGCCUCAGAUCAUAGAGGAGCUUCAUGAUACCUUUGUUACUGCUGGGGCUCCAAUAGUAAAACUACAAAUUAAAGUUAAAGGUUACCCAUACCCUCGUGUUUAUUGGUUUAAAAAUGGUAAGCCUUUACGUACCACUGAUGAAAUUCUGAUGGCAGACAAUAAAGGAGAUCAUUCUCUAGAAAUUCUCAAUGUUUCCAAAGAAGCUGGUGGUGAAUAUGCAGCUUAUAUCAGCAAUUCAUCGGGCUCGGCCUAUACAUCUGCUGUUGUACACAUUCAAAGCCCUGGAGAGGAAAUUGAGAAACAUAUGCCUGAAGAAAAAUCAGAAAUGCCAGAGAAGUUGGUUCCACCAAGAUUUCUGGACAAGUUCACAAGUAAGAAUGUAAAGAAAGGAGCCAGCAUUACCUUAACUGUCAGGGUCCAAGGAUCUCCAAUGCCUGACAUAACAUGGCUUAAAGAGGAAUCAGUAGAAGAUGUUAUCUGGAUUAAAAAAGAUACACCGGGUUAUAAAUUAGCCAGCUCAAAUAUGCAGCAUAGUUUGAUCCUGUUGGAUGUUGGGAAGGAAUACGCUGGAGUCUAUACCUGUAUUGCUACAAACAAGGCUGGCCAGUCGAUCUGCUCUGCCCACUUGGAUAUUGUCGAUGAAGUUGAAGCUCCAACUGAAGAAACCACAACUGUGAAAGAAGCUAUUAUGCAAACAUUUUUGCAUGGACCACAAGAAAUUGAUCAUGAAGAACCAGAGAAAAACGAAAGAGAAGUCCUCACAGAAGCCAGCAGAGAAGCUUCUGCAACCACAACUUUACCACAUUUUUCAUUGGCAGAUGUUGGAACAGAAGAAUUCCUGCAAAAAUUAACAUCUCAGAUCACACAAAUGGUCUCUGCAAAGAUCACCCAAGCUUCACUUCGUGUUCCUGGAGCAGAAAGUGAUGAGGAAGCAAAGACUCCAUCUCCAUCUCCGCGCCAUGGUAGAUCCAGGCCUUCUUCUAUUGUCAAUGAAUCUUCCUCUGAAUCUGAAGAUGCAGAAACAAGAGGCGAGGUUUUUGACAUUUACGUGGCUACAGCAGACUACAACCCACCACCAUCUGAGAAAGAGUCCAUUCAUCUUAAAGAGCGGCAAUAUGUGGAGGUCCUUGACUCUGCACAUCCACUGAAAUGGCUGGUUAGGACCAAACCUACCAAAUCAACACCUGCCCGACAAGGUUGGGUAUCACCAGCCUAUCUGGAUAAAAGACUAAAGUUCUCAGCUGAAGUUGCAUUGGAAAGCCCUGAAAUCCCUGGUGAGAUUGAAUCAGAAGAGGAAUACAGAAGGAAGUUAUACCUCCUUGUGCAGGAUCUUAUUGCAACUGAAAAAGAGUUUACGAGAAAUUUACAAUUCUUUGUUGACCAUUAUGUGAAACAUACUGAAACAAGUGCCCACGUACCGCCCUCGGUAGCAAAUAGCAAAGAAACGAUUUUCCGAAAUAUUAAUGAGAUUGCUGAUUUUCACAUCAGCACAUUCCUGAAUGAUCUUUUGAAAUGUCAGACGGAUGAUGAUAUUGCGUUAUGCUUCAUCAAGAACAGUGAUGGAUUUGAUAAAUACAUGCAUUACUUAGUUGGACAAGUACAGGCUGAAUCUCAUAUUACUAACCCAGCUGUCCAAGACUUUUAUAAUAAAUACGCAGAUGAAAUAUCAUCAACAGAGGACCCUUCAGAACCCCCAGUGCUACCUAUUCAUGCUUACCUAGAGAAACCUCCCACCAGGCUCUUGAAAUAUCAAAAUUUUCUCAAGGAGCUGAUUCGUAACAAAGCAAGAAACAAUAAAAACUGUGCUUUGUUAGAAGAAGCAUAUGCUGUAGUGUCUGCUCUUCCUAAGCGUGCAGACAAUAGCCUACAUAUUUCAAUGAUUGAAAACUACCCGGGCACUUUGGAAUCUCUUGGUGAUCCCAUCAGAAAGGGACAUUUUAUUGUGUGGGAGGGAGCUCCCGGUGCAAGACUGUCAUGGAAGGGUCACAAACGCAUUGUUUUUCUCUUCAAAAACCAUUUACUGAUCUGCAAACCAAAAAGAGAUAGCAGGACAGACUCACAAUGUUACAUCUUUAAAAAUCUGAUGAAGCUCACUAACAUUGAUGUGAAUGACUUUGUGGAAGGCGAUGAACGAUCCUUUGAAAUCUGGCAUGAGCGAGAGGAUUCAGUGCGUAAAUACACGCUUCAGGCUCGAACUGUGAAUAUAAAGAUUUCAUGGGUAAAAGACAUUACUGGCAUACAACAGCGCUUUAGUCUACCCGCUUGGAAUCCCCCAGAAUUUGUAGAGAAACUGGCAGAUUGUACAGCUGAAAUGGGACAGACAGUGAAAUUGGCCUGCUUGGUUAUCGGAAAUCCAAAACCUGUUGUCACAUGGUAUAAAGAUGGGAAGCUUGUGGAGGUUGACCCACAUCACAUUAUUAUUGAGGAUGAGGAUGGUUCCUGUACGCUGAUCUUGGACAAUCUCACUGCUGCCGACUCAGGACAGUAUAUGUGCUACGCAGCUAGUGCUGCAGGCAAUGCCAAUACACUUGGGAAGAUUAUUGUACAAGUGCCUCCAAGGUUUGUAAGCCACCUUAGAAACAUCCCAUUUGUAGAGAAUGAAGAUACGCAGUUUGCGUGCACUAUUGAAGCUGCACCAACCCCACAGAUAAGAUGGAGUAUUGAUGGCUCGCCAUUAACAAAUAAAACAAAAUACCAGACUUUCUAUGAUCCACAGUUUGGAGUUGCAGUGCUGGUCAUCAAAAACACAGAAAAGAAUGACCUUGGAGUCUACGAAUGUGAAGUUACCAACAAGCUGGGUACAGCCAGAGAUGUAGCAGAGCUGUAUCUUCUGGCUCCUGUUCUGAUUCCAGAAAAGAGAGGAGACCAAGUUGUCAUGAUUGAAGAAAAUAUUGCUGACUUCACAUUGAAAAACACUGAAGCUAGAACAAGAAAAACAGCUGAGGUGCAGAUACCAGGUUUAGAGUACAAUGUACAAAGAAGCAAGGUUGAUAUAAGGCAUGCCUUACAAGAACAUAUCCCAGAAUGCACUGCUGAAAGUAUGUACAAAAGGUCAAAAAGAAAAAGUGUAACAUUCUCAGACUUCAGUCUAAACAACGAAGAAGGAGCAUCUCAUUCAGUUGCAGAAUAUAACCAAAACUCACUCAAAAGAAAAGCUGAUGAAAGGAAUGACGAACCUUACCAUUCAACAAAAGAAAGUGCCACAUCAUCUUCAGGACUGGAAGAAUCUAGCCAAGUCUCAAAGGGACAUGAAGGCAGUGAAAUGGAGAAGACUUUUAAAAAAUUGGAAGAUUCUGCACCGCUUUAUAUGGCUGUACCACAAGAGAAUACUGAAAUGGCAGAUAUCCCAGAGCACAUUGGAGGGCAGAUGAAGCAUCUCAAAAUUGACAAAUCUUUUAAACCAGACACAUCAGAAUCUCAAUUCUGGAAUGUUAACAGCCAGGCCAGACCCACACGAGAUUUGGAGAGUGAGAACAUUCAAAAUGUUACUGUGAAGAAGCUGCGUGAAGUACAGUUCAGUCCAACCACAUUCAAAAGAAAAACUUUUUCAGCUCGCAGAAAUGUUAUUGAGCAAGAUGUUUUUAAAAGGAUUUUAGGUGAGGAAGUUGAUAACAGGGAAGAAGAAAUGCGCAUGUUACCUGAACUCAAGAGGCACCUAUACAUGGAACAUCCAGAGAGCUACCACAUGCAUUUGGCUGCACGAGAGCAUUCAGGUAUUCUUGGAGAACGAGGUGCAGAACCUAUUGAUACCCAGAAUGUUAGCACAUCACAACAAUUUCUGCCACUUACACCACCUCUUCGUAGCACUAGAACAGAAACAAAGGUCAAGGAAGAGUGCUCCAUGAAGCGAACAGGGAGAAGAAAACUGCAUUCUGAUUAUGAUGUCAAAGAAGAUGUUGGAAGAGGUUCACACAGCUUUGUGAAGAGAGUUGUGAAUAAACAGAGUGGGACUUCAUGCGCAGCUAAGUUUAUUCCACUCAGAAAAAGUACCAGGUCACUUGCUUAUGAAGAACUUGCAAUCUUAUCCAAAGUUAACCAUCCAAAGAUCUCCUGCUUACUUGAUAGAUUUGAAACCAAGCGAACACUUGUGUUGGUGCUGGAAAUGUGCUCUAACGAAGGACUGUUGGACCAUUUGUUCAAAAGGAAUAUGGUUGUAGAAACUGAGAUUAGAUACUAUAUCCAGCAGAUUUUAGAAGGGGUUCAGUAUCUCCAUGACAACAAGAUUCUGCACCUUGACUUAAAACCUGCUAACAUUCUAAUGGUGCAUCCAGAAAGAGAUGAUGUUAAGAUAUGUGAUUUUGGAUUUGCACAAGAACUCUCACCAGUCCAGCCGCAGUUUAGCAAGUACGGUUGCCCGGAAUUUGUGGCCCCUGAGAUUGUCUCCCAGGAUCCGAUUUCAACUGCCACUGAUAUAUGGGCUAUUGGUGUCAUCACAUUUUUAUGUUUGACAGGUAGUUCUCCAUUUGCUGGUGAAAAUGACAGAGCCACACUUACAAAUGUGAAAGAAGGAUCUUUUUCAUGGGAUGAGCGUGAUCGAGAUUGUUUAAGUAAAGAUGCUCAAAAUUUCAUUACAAGAAUAAUUAGAAUAAGUCCACGGGAUAGGCCAACAGCAUCUGAAUGCUUGAAAGAACAGUGGUUUCAGGAAAAACAGAAACUCCAGGCGUUUUGGACAAUUAGCACAAAAAAGUUGAAAUUCUUUAUUUCAAGGAGCAAGUGGCAGCAAUCCCCUAUAAGCUACAAGCCAAUGCUAGUAAUGAGAUCUAUUCCUGAACUUUUAGAAGGGACUUCCAAAAGUCUUUGUCUUGGCAUGUCUCGACACUUACUGGAAGAAAGCAACUCACCAACAACUAGCGCUUCUUCUUCUGAUUUUGAAGACUGCGCCCAUCAGACAGACCCCUGUUCAACCAGUACUCCAGAAGCCAAUCAGAUUGUAUUUGCUCAAUAUUUUACAAAUGAAAAUGAAUUCUGUGAAACCCCUUGGUCUGCUUCUUUCUCAACAGACAUUGCGGAUCCAGAUAUCAGUAAAGAAAAAAGUGAGAGGGCACUUCUAACUAGAAACAGUGCUGCUGAAAAACAAGCAUAUAUAACACACAAAGCAGAUGCAGAGUGUGGAGAGGAUAUGAAAGCACAGGAUAAUUAUUCUGAAACUUGUGAUGAUCUGAAUUUAAAUGUUAAAGGCUUGAAGCAUCCCAUUUCCAAAGCUACUUCCGAGAAAACUUUAGACAGCUCAAGAGUGGACAGAGCAACAGCUCACAGUUUAAAGCAAGGCAUUUCUUCUGAUGAUACUCUCACAUGUCAAUUAUCAGGACAAAGCAGCCUACUGGAUAUGAGCUCCAAACCAUCACCUAGACUUUUACCAAGACAUUGUCUUAUCAAAAGUACUUUCUGCAGCGAUACGUUGGAGAGUCGGGAUCUUUCUACUGUGAAUGCUCAGUACACAAGGAACCUUGAAAGGACGAGAAGACGUUUUAUAGAGGCAGGUUACACAAGAGGAAAGGUGAGUGGUCUACGUCAACCACUCCUGGAGUGCAUUCAGAUGCCUUUACAGAACAGAAGAUUUGAUGCUGAAAGAGUUGAGGAAAUCUCAAGCCACAGCUCUGGAAAGUUGACAAGAUCAGUAUCUUAUGAUAACAGCAAUAUUGUAGCUUAUCCCUCCAAGGAAAAGUCAAGGAAGAGUAAGUCGUUUGAUGAAUAUGAAGCAGAGUUCUUAGCUCCGACUAUAGUAAAAAAAUCUGUAAGUGAAAUACCAGAACCAUCUCCAGAGCUGUCAGAUCCAAAAUCCAAUACAAUCGAGGUUGUUAGUGAUACCUUAACAUCGCAGCACAUUUCCCUGGAUGCAGAAGAGUUGGAUACACAGGAGUCAGCAAUGUGCAAAAGCAUAAUCAGUGACACGGUAUGCUUAUCAGAUGAGGACUCCUUUCUAACAGAUGUAAAAUAUAUUUCAGAAUGCCGUGUGAAAAAUAUUCCCUUUGGGAUAGACCAAUCUGUGCAAACUGAUGCAGCUUCUUUACACUCAUCAGAAAAAAAGCAACAUAUGGAGAUGCACAUGGAGAUGAAAACCAGUCAGUAUUCAGAGAUAGAGCCCAGAGUGGCCAUUUCUCCUCAGAGUCUAUCAGAUCUGCAAACCACAAAAAGUGAAUUUUUGCAGCCACUUAAAGAUAAAAAAAUUUCAACUGUCUUUGAACGUCCAGAGUUGAAGUCUACAACAUCACAAAGGCAGGAUUGUUUUCAGCCUGGCAACUCACAUUUAGAUAUUUCUGGAAUCAGGUCUUUUCAUUUUCAAUGUCCUGUGGAUUCAGCGUUGCAGAGUGAAAUCUCUUCUGUUGCUGCUUCAGUUGUCACAUCUGAACAACAGGAACAGAGUUCAAGUGAAGAUGUCAGUUCUGUACAUUUUGACAUGGUAGAACCAGGCACAGAUUACUUUGAUCUGUCUGAGCCAUACAGUUAUGGUCUAGAGUUUGAACACUGCCCCUCAUUUCUGUCUGAAAGGUCUGAACAUAAGGACACUUCGCAAGUAGAGAGUUUGUCUGUGCCAUGGACAUCUGAAGGGCUGUUUCCUUCAAAAGAAGAAAAGGCCAAAAAGGACAGUCCUUUGCAAGGAAAGUUAAAUCAGACACCAACCACUUCAUAUGAAAUAUUAUGUGAUGAGGCUGAAACAGCAAAUCAAUGUUCCUGGAAUCUGACUGCUAAUGAAUCAGAAUCAGAUUUAUUGGAAUUGCUCAAAGAUACUGAAGAAGAUGAGACAGCUUCUGAUAUCGAGGAAGAAGAAACAAAAAUUAAAAAAAGAUCUAAAAGACCUUCACUGGAAAAUGUGAUACAUCAAAGUUUUGAAAGUCUAAGAAAAGCAUUCAAAAGCCAAAAGGAUGCAAAAUCUCCAACUGCUUCAAGUGAAACAAGUCUAACUAUCAGUGAAACCCACACUGACCCAUUGCCAAAGACUACUUCAGAAAUGUUUGGUAGUUCUAGUCUAUUAAGAUUAUUUAGGAGGUCUGCUUCAUUAAAUUGGGAUAAAGGUUUGCAAUAUUUGGAUGAUGAUGGAAGAGAAAGUCAAAGUUCUUUAUCUGUGUUGCGGGAUUUAAAUGCAAGCAAACAUUUGCCUACCACAGUGGGUGCAAGGAAAAGUCAGACGUUGCCAGCUCGGUUUUCAUUGCGGAUGAGAAGCAAAGAAAAACCUCAACUGAGAGAGAGAAAACACGGGAAGGUGGUUGAGUCCCAGGGAAGUGUAGAUCCAAAUAAUGAAGAAUUAUCUGGGGACCAGUACAUGGAAGUUAUGAAAAUGCCACUGAUACCCCCUUUAACAUCGUAUGAAGAAAACACAGAAAAACAGCAAGGGAAACAGCAAUCAACAGACACUCGAGACAAAACCAGCAGUUUCUUGAAGAAAAAAUCAAAACUGUUUUCAUUGAAGCUACCUGGUUCGAAAGCAAAGGAAAAAGCACCAUCGUUUGUUGAAGGUCUUGUGGACCAAUCAGUUCUUCUGAGUCAGUCUGUGACCUUGUCCUGCAGACCUCAAGGGUGUCCAAAUCCUGACAUACGGUGGUUUAAAGGCCUCAAUGGCAGACUGCUAUGGAGGCACCAGGACGUGACCAGAACUCUGAUCACAAAAAUACAUCAAGAGGACCAGUUGGUGUGCUGCAGUGAUCGGAUACAGACAUCAACCACCAGCAAAAAUUGCCAGCUUCUAACUAUCCUAAAUGUAACAGAGGAUGAUCUUGGUAGAUAUACAUGUGUGGCGGAAAACCACUUAGGCAGAGCUUCAACUUGCUGCAUGCUGAAUCUUGCAGCUGUGCCUUGUCGCCCUGAUUCCCCUGAAGUAGCACAAGUCUAUGAAGAUGGUGUUUUAGUGAUAUGGAAGCCACUUGUCGCUAACACUCCAAUAAUGUAUAUUAUUGAGUGUAAAAGAAAGGGUGAAGAGUGGACAAAUGUGGCAUCUGACCUUUCUGAAUCCUGCUUUUAUGCCAGUGAUCUGCGUAAAGGAGAAACAUAUUCAUAUAGAAUAGCAUAUGUCAACAAAGCUGGUAAAGGACAGUUUAGUCAACCGUCUUCUGAAGUCAUCAUAGGAAAGACAGAAGUACAGUCACAUAGUGUACAUGGAGAAAAGCCAGCGCCAGUGCAUCAGACAUACACAUUUUUCACAGAGAUAAACAGAGGGCGCUUCAGCAUCAUAAAGACAUGUACAGAGAACUCCUCAGGAAAGUCUCUUGCAGCUAAAAUUACUCCUUACAAGAAGCAGAACAAGCCAUUUGUACUGAAGGAGUAUGAAACCCUAAAGAAGCUCCAUCACAACAAUAUUGUUCAGCUUCAUGGUGCCUACAUCACACCUAAGUACUUAGUUCUGAUCCAAGAACUCUGUGAAGGAAAAGAGCUGUUUCACCAUUUGGCUGAAAGGACUUCUUACACUGAGCACCAUGUGGUGGAGUUGCUCACACAAAUCCUCAGUGCUGUUGAAUAUCUCCACCUCAAUCAUACUAUUCACCUUGAUUUGAAAUCAGAGAACAUGAUAAUUGUGGAACACAAUGUAUUGAAGCUGCUGGAUUUCGGCAAUGCUGAAACGCUACUACCAGGCCAUCCUGUCUUGGUGGCAAAAUGCAGAGACUUUGUGGAGAAUAUGGCUCCAGAAAUUCUCGAAGGGAAGGCAGUUGUUCCGGAGACAGAUAUCUGGGGUGUUGGUGUGCUAACUUUUAUAAUGUUGAGUGCAGAUUGUCCUUUUAGAUCUGAUAAAGAUUGUGACAAAGAAAAGAAUAUAAGGAAAGGGAAGAUCAAGCUCGGGAGAUGCUAUGCUGGCCUUUCACAAGGAGCAAUUUUGUUUCUAAAGAAUACGUUGUGUGUUAAUCCAGGGGGGAGGCCAUGUGCCUCUGAAUGUCAUUCAUUCCCAUGGUUACAAGACAACUCACAAAUGAACCCAAGACGUUCGACAAUUUUCUUUCAAACAACAAAGCUCAGGAAUUAUCUAAAACAACGUGAGAAACGGAGGACGCUUCUAAGUACAAAGCACGAGGUGCUCAUGUUUCAGUGAUAAAGAGCAAUCUGUAAAAGGGAUUAAAUAUCCAAAUAUCUUUAAUUGAUCUGUUUUUAAUUUGCAAAGUUGGAGAAGGUAUGCCAUGAUGGAAAAUUAGUUUGCAAGCCAUAACUUAUGUUUUCCCAGACUUGAAUAAAUAUACAUUUAAACAGUUUGAUUAGCAGCAUUAGUGCACAAGAGAAGUCGAUCCAAUAAUGAGUGGUAAAAAUUUAAAUUAACUACAGUUGUAGCAUGAAAAAUGAAGGGUUUUUUUUGCAUUAGCAUGUGUCCUGAGAGCCUCUCACCACCUCCCUUCCUUUACUGAACAUAUCUGAAUGCUGGCCCCUUCGCCAUGAGGCAGCAUGGGUGGGCUUUAGUGGGAUGGUAAAGGAACACAUCAUUGUAAUUAAUUCUUUGCUACAUUGGAACAGGUGGAAGCAUAUAAUCAAAAAUGUAACGUGGUGAGCCGGUCAAUGGAGAAAAAAUAUUAUUAUUUGAGGAAAUACAUCACACAAAAGCUUGGAAAACAAAUUCACUGCAAACAUUUAAAUAGACUGACAUUUCAGAAAUUGUAUACAAGUAUUAAUUUUUAUAUUACCGGACUAGUGUUGCAGAGGCUUGAAAUAAUGCAAGUUCAAAUUUUACCAUAUCAGUUUAAGAAGUCAAAUUCUGUUCUAACCUUUAGUUUUAAAAAAAAAGCAUCGUCAGUAAUCUCGAAGCUGUUGGAUGUCACUGGCUCACUAAUGCUCUUUCGGGAGGAAAACCUAUCCUAAGUCCUGUCCCGUACAAAGAAUGUUAACAUCAUAAAAUGGCAGGGAGGUGAGAUUAGUUUAGUUUGGGAUCAUGGUCAGCACGGACUGGUUGGACAGAUGGGGCUGUUUCUAUGCAGUAUGAAUCGACUCUACAAACCUAAUUGGCCUGGCAGAAUCUGUGGAGAAACAAAGACAGUUAAUGUUGAGAGGUCAACAUGACUUAUCUUUUGUAAAAAAAAUGCUUAACUGAUCUCUGCCAUCAGUUCAAGAUGUAAGGCUUCAGUGCAACUUUGCAGUGAUGUCCAAAUCCUGAAAAAUGAAUACGUGGGGAAAAUUUCAUUAUCCCAAAGAUACAGACAGUUGUGUUUAACACCUUAUGAAUGCUUCAGUAUUCACUUCCUGCUUUCAACACUGCUUUUGAGAUAUACAAGAACCUACCCUGCAAAUAUGUAAUUUGUGUGUUAGAAUCAACAGAAGAUGGAGCUGUCAAAUUGCUUCCAUUCUCAGCCAUUGAAAACAGCAAUCCUGACGUUUUUUUCCUGAAGGGUCCUGACCCGAAAAGCCAACUUUCCUGCACCUCUGAAGCUGCCUGGCCUGCUGCGUUUCUCCAGCUCCCCACUGUUAUCUCUGACACCAGGAUCUGCAGUUCUUACUAUCCUAAUUAGUUACCCAGUCAUUCUAACAGAUUUGAUUAACAGUACUGUACAGCUAUCUUCAACAUAUCCUAGCAAUUAGAAGCCAUAUGAAAGCAAAAUAGUAUUAAAUUUUAAAAGGUACAGAUUAUGCCACUUAUAUUGGCAUACCUGGAUAAUUAAAAGGCCUAAAUUUUCAAAUUCAGUGACAUUAUCAAAUUCCACAUGCAUUUGAGUUGGCAGAGGGGUUUCUGUAUUAAUGUUGCAGUCUCAAUGUAAGUUGUCAUUGUUCUGAUUUGAUACCUUGCUCUACUUUUAUCUGUUUUUGGAAAGCAAAUCUCUUAAGGUUCAACCAAUUCCAGGUUUUUUUUUGGAAUUACAAAUUUAAAAGUAGAGCUACUUCACGAAUAUCUGUGCUGUCAUGAUCCAGACAUGUUUAAGAAGAACAGAACCUUAAGUAGACAACAAUUUCAGAAUGCUUCUUUCGAGUUAAGAGUAUUUUAAAUACAGAACUAUAAUAUGCAUGGAAAGUCAAUAUUCUAAGCGUGUAUGUGUUUCAUAUUUUCAAUAAAUUUUGCCAUUUACAAA